AUCAGCUGAGUGUGUCGUGCAUGAUCAGCUGUUUGUGUGUACAGGUCGGUGGAAGGGUCUCUCUUUCUGUUGAAAUUGAAACUGAAAUAAGUUUAUUGAGGUAUGGAAGGUGGUAAUUAAAAUGCUGCCACACCAUUUACUUUAAUGAGUAGAUGAUAAACGUUGCAAAAUAAUUUAGUACUUGAGCAGAGAGAGGAAAAGGACCGAGUAAUACUGUUUUUAAAAUUUGGGCUUCAACAUAAACUGGAAUACAAGAGGAAAAAGAGGAGAACGCUCAGGUGGCCCCAAGAGACGAUAUACACCUACUGUGUUUCCCAUUUUUAAGAAUGUCAAACUCGAAUAUAAAUGGCAAAAUUUCUUUAGAUAAUCUUCCAGUGCCACAGAUUCCAAAAUGUCUUCAAAUACGUACAGUGACCAAAGGACUUAUGUCCUAUGCCGAGGCAAAGAAAUUUGAUUCAUAUCGCCAAGCAGCUCAUGCAUGUGUUUGGGCACGACAAGAGGGCAGCUCCAGCUUUGGAGAGUUGCGAGCAGCAGUCAUGAUGCAUCUACGCUUUGAUGGCACCUUUGGAUUUCCUGGUGGCUUAGUAAAAUCAGGAGAGGAUGUAGUAGAUGGUUUGAAUCGGGAAAUGGCUGAAGAGAUCGGCUGGUCACUAACGGAACAUCCUGUUACUUGGAGUGACUACUACAAUACUCAGGUGGAACACAACAAACAUUUGGUCCUGCAUUUCUUCAUCAAGGAAGUGACACUUGAUCAGUUCAUUACCCUUGAGAAAAAGUGUCCAACUGUGCCUGAAUAUGGUGACGAGGUAUUAGGCACAGUGCGUGUUCCCCUGUAUACGAUGCAGAAUAUGUACAGUGGAUUGCCAGCAUUCCUCAACAACAGGUUUGUUGGCACUGCAAAACAGCAGUUACUCUUAGCCAUGCAUUAUGUUAACAUUAUGACUGAACAAGAAAUUAAUGAUGUUAUGUAUAAAAGUAAUAAUCUUAAAUUAAGCUCCAAUAGAAUUUAACUCUGCCAUAUUAACUGUAGAGUAAGCACAGUAUGCAUUUAGGCAUAUUUUAGAGUGCUAUAUUGUUACCCGGAGUGGUUCACUUAACAUAUUUCAAGCAGUGUUGGUUUAAACAAGUUGAACUAACACUUCCUGUUUGGACAUGUGCCAAUUCAUGCAGUUACAUACUGAAAUACUUAGCACUUGAUUUUGCAUGCAUUGUGCAUGUGAGGUGUUCGUCUAGUUACUAAACUUAAUGCUGAAAUUAAGUGAGUUUUGCAUGUGAACAAAUGACAGAAUUAUGUUGAAUUUUGUUUUAAUACUUAAUGGUUAACAAUAUAUAUAUAUAUUGUAUAAGAUCAUAUCAAUUUAGUUGACAAUAUAUUUAGUUUUGAUCGAUUUUUGGCACUAUAGUUCUGCUGUGUAAUGGAGUCAUUUAACCAAUUGGGAUGUGUUUUGCUGUGGCAAUGAAGUACACUAGGAUACUACACAAUGGUUAAUAUUCAGAUAUUUGUAUAUAUGUAUCAUAUGUUAUGUAGAUGUACUGUAUCACUUUAGUAGUAAACUUUUGUCUGUUG